AUGGCUAUCAGUAUAUUCUUCGGCAGACAACGCCGCUUUAUGUCUCGCCGUUUGACCUAUGCCGUUCUUCUCCUCGUCGUCUUCGUCUAUACCAUCGUUUCCGUUCUGUCUCCCACCGUCCCCGUCGCCGGUUCUGGUGAUACCGAAAAGCAAGGUGCCUCAAACAAAGUCAAAGGCUCCGUGUCUGGUCUCCGUGACUCUCUUACAAAGGGCGUCAAUGGAUUGAAUCCGUUCAAGGGACCUGCUCAUGCUCCCCCAGUUCGUGCGCAAGAUUCAUUUCAGGGCACUUCAUGGUGGGCUGAUUGGAAAUGGCUGUCGGUUCCACUCUCCAGCUCAUUGACACUUGACGAGGACAGGGCUCUUCUUCCUCCACUCCAUGACCGCCCUUUCGUUUACUGCUACUAUGAUGCGACAAUCAAGAAGCCCAUAGAAGAAAAAGAUGCCGAAAGCAAGUUGCUCUUAACCUGGCGACGCGCUUGGUGGGCGCAGGGCUUCCAGCCGACCAUUCUAGGCCCUUCGGAAGCCAUGACAAAUCCAAAGUAUCAGGAACUACAAAGACUUGAAGUGCAGUCCGAUUUGAAAGCAGACCUGAUGAAGUGGUUGGCUUGGGAGUCUAUGGGCACUGGCUUCCUGGCGGACCAUACCCUGUUUCCGGUUGCACACGCCCAGGAUCCUCUCUUGGUUUUUCUCAGAAGAGGCAAGUAUCCGGCCAUGACGAAAUGGAGGGGCCUCGGGGAUGCGCUUAUCGUAGGAUUAAAUAAGGAUAUCACCAAUACAAUUCGAAAGCUCAUGGACUCUCCCGCACUCAAGACUACCAAGAGCGUUUCCCAGGGGCCGACAAAGAAUAGUUUCAAGAUCGAUAAAGCACAAAGCUCGUUAGUAAACUACAGCCCGGAGGUCAUCCAAAAACAAUAUUCAAAGAUUCACGAUAGUCUUACCAAUGGACGGGCUAGGGGCUUGGGUGCCCUUGAAAGACUGAUCAACGCUCAUUUACAUGCUGCCUGGCAAAGCGGUUUCCCUAGUGGUAUCGAUGUUCUCAGCCCCUUUUCUGAAUACACAACAGCGAUGAUCGCCCCCGCCCUAAAUCUUGCCAAUUCACUCGCCCUUUGCCCCGAUAACCCUAUCCCCUCGUCAUGCCCCCCUGGGGUUUCGAAAUGCAAUCGUUGUGCUGCCGGCACCACAUCGAUGAAGGUCACUACCUCUGACCAGUAUCAUAACUCGACUGACGAAUUUGUGAUCGGGACAAUUCCUCACCCCUGGACCCUUGCUACCUUGACCAGCGGCAAGGAAACGGUCGAUGUAAGCUGGAUUCGUAAGGAGGCUCCUCGGGACCCUUGGCUUGAGACAACCACCAAGGGCUUAUUAGGCUCAAGAGUCUCCAGCAACUCGCGAAUUAUGAGCUUCAAGCAAGCGGUGACAAAUGAGCAAGCACCUACAUAUGCACUUUGGCUGACAGCUGAAGCCGAUAUUCCCGCUGAUCUGGAGUGGCAAUUUGGAUUUCGAAUUCCCAAGUCGUUAGGAGAGGUACAUAUAGCUGAUAACAGCAAAUCUGAAGGAAACCAAAAUCAAGAGGCAGUCAGAGUUGAGAAACAAGCAAAUGCGGAACGAGCAGAUGAAUCCGACACCGACACAAGGCCAGAAAAACCUGGACCCCAACCACAUGAUAUAUCCCAGAAAAAGAAAUCAACUCCGCAGGAGAUGCAGAUCAGACAAAAAGCCCUAUUGGAGCAUGCGAAGAAGGUCGUGGCCUUCAAGAAAUCGACCGUCGAAACUCGACUACGUGCAUCGUUAGAGGCCUGGAACUUGGCUGACACAGAGGCAUGGAAGUUUACACGCGCUUUCCUUACACGCCGUAGCCGGGAAAGAAUUGAGUGGGAGAAACAAGAGUCUAAGUAUAGUGGCAGCUCAGGGUCGGAGAAAGGCCGCAGCGCUUGGAAUCGUUGGGCCGAUUCGAAGCAGAGGGAUUAA